UGGCGGAAUAGAUGCAGCUGCGCCGACGCUAAUGUUUGUUGCUUUAUUUUUAACCGUAUAAUCAAAUAUCCCGCCGAUUGUUUUUUUCGUGCACGCGUUGGAUUAAACUCCCCUCACAAAUGUGCACCGUUUCCCGGAGCCGGGACAUUUCACAUCGGUGCUGAAUUUGUAUUUUGCCAGGGGGAGCAUCACUGUAAAAUGAAACGGCAGGCCGAACGCGACGCGAGUCCGUCCAGGGCGCUCGCCAAACGCGUCCGCGAACGAGAGCGCGAGGCGAACCCACCGCUCGCGCUGCUCCUCGCCGAGAGCCGAAGUUACCACAAACGAAGCCGCAGCCGAGAGCGGGAAAAACCGCGGGCGCGAGAAGAGCGCGACAGCCUCCAUCACCGUGAACUUGGACUGCUGGGUCGAGCCCCGCUCCGAACCGCAUCGGUUUUGCCUAAAGGUAAGACCGCAACUGCCGACAUGGUGGGCCCACGACUUGAAUACAAGACACUACUUAUAAGCAACCUCGGCUCACAGCUUUCUGACGAGCACAUAGAGGACGGACUGUUUCACGAGUUUAAAAAGUUCGGCGACGUGAGCGUCAAGCUUUCUCACACGCCUGAACUGGGUCGCAUCGCCUACGUAAACUUCCGGCACACGGAAAACGCGCGGGAAGCGCGGCACGCUAAAACGAGGUUGGUGCUUUACGAUCGUCCCCUCAAAGUUGAACCCAUGUACAUGCGGCGUCGCAGUAUCACGCCUCCUGACGUAAGUUACGUGUCCGUGCACGGUGCUGCAUAUGCCUACAGACAGCGGUCUCUUUCUCCAGGUGCUGGAGGUAGUACGAGGGAUGUGAGAGCAAGGCAUUACGUUGAUGGUAUUGGACUCAGUCGGGACAAAGUUUUGGACUAUUAUAGCGCCUUGGAGGAAAGGAGUCGUGCGUAUGCAUAUCAGCUACCCGAGGACGACUUAAAACCAGAGGACGAUCAGAGAGCCACAAGGAAUUUAUUCAUUGGCAACUUGGAUCAUAACAUUUCCGAGGUGGAACUACGACAGGGGUUCGACAAGUAUGGGAUUAUCGAAGAAGUGGUCAUCAAGCGCCCGGCUCGUGGACAGGGGGGUGCUUAUGCUUUUCUCAAAUUUCAGAACCUGGAUAUGGCUCAUCGAGCAAAAGUGGCCAUGCAGGGACGUAUGAUUAACGGAAACCCGAUUAAGAUCGGAUACGGCAAAGCCAAUCCAACGACCCGGCUGUGGGUGGGCGGACUCGGCCCGAAUACAUCGCUGGCUGCUUUAGCCCGCGAGUUUGACCGCUUUGGGAGUAUUCGCACCAUAGACUACGUCAAAGGAGAUAAUUUUGCCUACAUUCAUUACGAGAGCCUGGACGCGGCCCAGGCCGCCUGCACGCAAAUGCGUGGCUUCCCUCUGGGCGGUCCGAACCGUAGGCUCCGUGUAGAUUUUGCCAAAGCGGAGGAGACCCGUGCGUACCCUCAACAGUACCAGCCUCCUCUGCUUCCCCCUCCACAUUUUGACGUCCUGCCCGACGGCUACGGACGGCACCGCAGUCUAGAAAGAGAACUGAGGGCAAGAGCACGUUCACCCUCCCACCCCCUGUUUGUGGAACGAGAAAAAGACCGCCUGUCGGACCGAGAGUGGAGUCCGCCGAAAGGGGAGGAGCGGAGGGCAAACCCGGAUGCGUUUGGCCGAGCGAGGCCGCGCAGUCGUAGCCGCAGCCGGGAACGCUGGAUUAAAGAGCGAGAACUGGAACGAGCACAGGGGAAAACCUUGGAGGAGCGUCGCAAACGGAAGAGCCUCAGCCCCAUCGAGCGCUCCACAGAGGAGCGUGGAAGGUCAAAGGUACGUGGACGAGCUCCCUCCACCCCGGAGGACAGCCCAGACCGGGGGCGCGGACGACUCCCUGACUCCACUUCCGAACCCCUCGAUCACACUCCUGACAUAAGCAGACACUCCGGUGACGAACGCUCAGCACAAGACGAGUCCUCGCACUCAAGGAAGGACCCCGAACGCAACCAUCGCAAAAGCGAAAGCGAUCCUGACUCUCAAACGGAAAAAUCCAAAACGGACUCCAAAAAGCCCAGCACGCUCUCGGAAUACGCUCAGACUCUUAGUCGCGUGUGGCGCGGUUCUCUUGUUCUCAAAAACAGCUGCUUCCCCACAAACAUGCACAUGCUGGAAGGCGGCGCCAGUUUUCUUCAUUCCCUCAUGAGGGACAAUCAAGCGGGCGGGUCCAAGAUCACCCAGCUCAAAAUUGCUCAGAGGCUGAGGUUAGAUCAGCCAAAACUGGACGAGGUGACGCGGCGCAUCAAACUGGGCGGCCCGAAUGGUUACGCCGUGCUCCUCGCCGUCCAGGGACCCGUGGACCGCGAAGCCCCGCCUUCAGAACCAGGCCUUCAGCAGCGCCUUCUCCGAAACCUGGUGACUUACCUCAGGAACAAGCAGGCGGCCGGGGUCAUCGGUUUGCCUCUUGGUGGCCCCAAAGAGAAAGAGAUGGGGGGCAUGUUGUACGCUUUUCCGCCGUGCGAUUUCUCACAGCAGUAUCUCCAGACUGCGCUGAAAACUCUUGGAAAACUCGAGGAGGAGCAUCUGGUCAUUGUGGUGGUUAGAGACUCUUAACAGAUCCAUUUCGAUAAGUUAGAUAACACUUUGUUCCCACGAUCAUCCAGAUGUUAUGCCUCUUGAUUUUAGUGUUUUUAAGUCCAUGGCAUUCACUCCAUUUACUUUGAAAGGUUUUUAAUAUGGAAAAAACUCCCCAACAAGCGUCAACAAACAUACCAGCGAGUUUUACUGUCCAAACAAUGUUCGAAAGUGUGAUUGUCCUCUUGAAAAAUGUGUUUAUAAUUUGGCAUGCAACGCAAAUUGACUGAGUUAUUGUUUUUUUUUUUUGCAAUUUGCUGGUUUUACAUUUGUUUCAUAAAUGAGCCCAUUGACCUGCAUUCAAGUAUAAUAAUAUGUUCUUUGCGUUUUAACACAUUUAACAAUUCUUUUCUCCCACAUUACAUCACUUUGUCCAUUCACACUAACUGGAUAAAAGUGUAGUUUUUCCAUUGUCAGCGAUAUACAGUACUCGAGAAGGCAUUUGGCAUCUACCUCUUAAAUCACGUAACGCAUCAGGUUUCUUCAACCUUGUUUUUGAGCCCACUCCAAUGCCAUUGUGUUUUAAAUAUGCCCCUGGAACACUAACAGAGGUCAUGUGACCACGUGUACUGUACCAAUCCGAAUACACUAAAGUCUGUAAACAUUAUGAACACUAUUGCUCGUGUAACUGUUUGUUUGUGCGCAGGAAUGUUUUUUUAUGCAUUAUCCAUGUUUCGACUGCCCUCCUUUGUAUGACUUUUUGCCAAGUCAUUUUAACACGGUAAAUUGAGCCAACGCAGGUUUUAACAGGUGCUUUUGUAAUGGCUAUAAAAUGUCCAGCCAUUUCAGUUUCGUGAUGUUUGUCAAGCUCUAAUCAAGUGUUAUUUUGAGAUUUUAGUUAUUGGUGUUUGAAAGCCUGUCUGCCAACACUACAACCUUUGCACUGAACACAGUCAUUGUUUUGUUUUUAUUGCCUUCUGUUGUUAUAUCCCCUCUUUUAUCACUCCUUUUUGUAACACCUUUUUUCUAGGAAAAUCUUUUUUUCCCGUCUGUAUGCAAACCAUAUGUAUAACACAAAACUGUAAGUAAAC